CACUUUAAUAGAGAAUUCAUUUUUUUGCACAUGUUUUAACAGACAGUACAACUCAUACUGGCGAUAAAUUAAACACCGCAAAGUUGUUAAUAGCCAACUGUUUCAGUGGUUUACGCCCCCUUAUGCAAACCAACUUGCGUGAUCACUGACCACUGUUGUCUUCAGGAGAAUACAACGAGAAAGUAUGUCUGUUGAAGGCUGAAUGCAGCUACACUUAUCUGGACUUAGUCAGCGAAGUUUAAUUCAUUCUGUUUAUUUAGAAAGCAACAUCAUUUUAAAACGGCAUAUUUUCAAAACUGUUCUAAUAAUAUUGUUUUAAAUACCACAACAAAUCCCGUGGUCUGUUUGAAUUCUAUUGGGAUGGCUAGAUGUGGGUGCCGUACAGACUGCAUAGAAAAGCCAAUCUGCGCAGCUUUUUAUAAAUUAGGGCAUUUUGUAGGAUCACAUCCCUGGUGGUUUCUAGUGAUCCCUUUGCUGGUCUCCGGUGGUCUGGGGGCAGGCUUUUAUUUUCUGAAGGAGUAUGAAGCAAACGACAUCGAAGACCAGUUUACUCCCUUGGAUGGCGCUGCAAAGGGAGAGCGAGACGUUGUACAGAAAUACUUCCCUCAGAAUGAUUCGGACUUUUCCAGCCAGCGGCUCUACACAGAGGGGACCUACGCGUCCCUUAUUGCCGUUUCCAAAAAAAAUAUUUUAACAGAAACUGCAUUUAAAGAAAUAAUUGAACUAGACAACAUUGUUAGACACAUGACUUCAGACAAUAAUACAUAUUUAGAUCUUUGUGCUAAAACAAACGACACAUGUGCUCCAAAUGCGAUAUUAGAACUAAUAUAUUACAAUGCCAGCAAAAUAGCAGAUAUUAAUCUUACCUACCCCGUGUACAAAACUGAGAUAUUUCUUGGGACGACUGUUGGCGGGGUCAAUACAAGUGAUCAAAACCUAAUUUAUGGAGCACAAGCAAUUAGACUAGUUUACUAUUUAAGAGACGGGAAAACUGCAAAAAGCUGGCUGGAAACAUUUCUAGAAGUACUUUCUAAAACAGAGUCUUCCGAUACUAUUAAGGUAUCUUAUUUUACUUCAGUAUCAAGGCAACAGGAGUUUGAAGAAAAUCCUAGGAAAGUGAUCCCAUUGUUUUCCAUCACGUAUUUCCUUGCCAUUUUCUUUUCAAUUGUAUCCUGCAUGAGGUUUGACUGUGUGAGAAAUAAAGUCUGGGUGGCCACCUUUGGAGUCCUGUCAGCAGGUUUAGGGGUGCUGUCAGGUUUCGGGAUGUUGCUGUACUGUGGAAUGCCGUUCGCUAUGACUGUGGCUAACGCCCCCUUCCUGAUCCUUGCUCAGCUCACUGCUACCACACCUGCCUUGCCUCGGGAGCGGCGAAGAUGA